GCGCGUGUGCCGGAGCGGGCGGCUCGGCUCGGCUCGGCUCGGCUCGGCUCGGCUCGGCUCGGCUCGGCGGCGCCGCGCUAACCUGGCUUCUCUCCCUCUCCCAGCGGCGACGAUGCAGGCGGAGUCGGGGAUCGUGCCGGACUUCGAGGUGGGCGAGGAGUUUCACGAGGAGCCCAAGACCUACUAUGAGCUCAAGAGCCAGCCCUUGAAAAGCAGUUACCAUUUAUCAGCCAAACUCUUGCCCUGCUCAGUACACGUCUCCCUUUCAGUGCACGCUAGCAGCUCCGAGCAUCCUGGCGCUUCCAAGCCUCCCUUAAGCUCCUCCAGCAUGACCUCACGGAUCUUGCUACGGCAGCAGCUCAUGCGUGAGCAGAUGCAGGAGCAGGAGCGGCGGGAACAGCAGCAGAAGCAGCAAGCAGCCCAGUUCAUGCAGCAGCGCGUGCCCGUCAGCCAGACACCUGCCAUCAACGUCAGCGUUCCCACCAGCCUGCCCCCCGCCACUCAGGUACCAAUGGAAGUCCUCAAGGUGCAGACUCACCUUGAGAACCCAACCAAGUACCAUAUUCAGCAAGCCCAGCGGCAGCAGGUAAAGCAGUACCUCUCUACGACUCUAGCAAAUAAACAUGCCAACCAAGCUCUGAGCUUGCCCUGUCCAAACCAGCCUGGGGAUCAUGUCAUGCCACCUGGAACAGGAAGCAGUGCACCCAACAGUCCAAUGGCUAUGCUUACCCUCAACUCCAACUGUGAAAAAGAGGGAUUUUAUAAAUUUGAAGAGCAAAGCAGGGUUGAGAAUGAGUGCCUGGCUCUGAAUACACACUCACGAGCAUCAUGCAUGCAGAUGGAUGAUGUGAUUGAUGACAUAAUUAGUCUGGAGUCAAGCUACAAUGAAGAAAUCCUUGGCCUGAUGGACCCUGCCCUGCAAAUGGCAAAUACGUUGCCUGUGUCUGGCAAUUUGAUUGACCUUUAUAGCAACCAAAGCAUGCCGCCCCCUGGGCUAAACAUCAGCAACUCAUGUCCAGCUAAUCUUCCUAAUAUAAAAAGGGAGCUCACAGCAUGUAUUUUUCCUACAGAGUCAGAAGCAAGGGCAUUGGCUAAGGAGAGGCAAAAGAAAGACAAUCACAACCUGAUUGAACGAAGAAGAAGAUUUAAUAUUAAUGAUCGUAUAAAAGAACUAGGCACUUUGAUACCCAAGUCAAACGACCCGGAUAUGCGCUGGAAUAAGGGAACUAUUUUAAAAGCAUCGGUUGACUAUAUCCGCAAGCUGCAAAGAGAACAGCAGCGCACCAAGGAACUUGAGAACAGGCAGAAGAAAUUGGAACAUGCCAACAGGCACCUGCUGCUCAGAAUACAGGAACUUGAGAUGCAAGCUCGGGCGCACGGACUCUCCCUUGUCCCAUCGACAGGCCUAUGCUCCCCCGAUAUGGUGAACCGGGUCAUCAAGCAAGAACCUGUCCUGGACAACUGCAACCAAGACAUCAUGCAGCACCACACCGAUCUGUCAUGCACCACCACCCUUGAUCUCACCGAUGGUACUAUCACGUUCAGUGACAACCUGGGAAAUGUGACUGAACCAACUGGCACUUACAGUGUCCCUGCAAAAAUGGGAUCCAAACUGGAGGAUAUCUUGAUGGACGAUACUCUCUCCCCUGUUGGAGUAACUGACCCACUACUUUCCUCUGUGUCUCCUGGAGCGUCAAAGACAAGUAGCAGGCGGAGCAGCGUGAGCAUGGAGGACACCGAUCAUCCUUGUUAGCAGAUACUUGGCACGGCCUUUCAUAAACUGCUUCAUUUCUUGAUCAGUAGAUAAAAUUUACCUUUUGUAGAAUUUUCUGAUCUUUUUCUUUUCCUUGUGCUUCAUCAGUAGCCUAGUGUGUGUGCGCGUGUGUGUAUAUAUUAUAUAUAGAGAGAAUUUUUUUUAGAUUUUUUUGUGAAAAAAGCUUGUAUAUUCUAUUUUAAAACUACCAAUGCCUCCAAAAUAUUGUACAGUGUAUGUACAGUAUCUGUGAACUGGAUUCGCCAAGAACUUUGAACUGGCCAAAUCUACUCAAAGCAAUAGAAUUACACAUGAAGAGUCUCUUUCUACUCGGGUGGGGAGGGGAGCAUAGCAGAACUGUAAAUUCUGUGCAACCUAUUUGCUUGGAAACAAAAUGUAAAGUUAAAGAAUGUAAAGAAACCAAAUCAAGAAAAGUCCACUUUGUAAUUAUGUUGAUUUAAUAGUGCUGCCUUAAAGAUACAGUGUCCCUCAAACUUUGUUUUAUCUCAAGUGUUAAAAAAAAAGUUACUAUUCCACUCAGAAUACAGACAAAAAAAAAGUGUUGAAACAUCCUGAUUGUGUAGAUUCUGAUAUAAAAUGUUCUUGAUGCUACUGCUGAAAACAAAGUAGAAAUUGCAGGGAGAUGUGAGUCUCUUUCUCAGAGUGCUGUUUAAUUUUACUCUGAGCUGAUUUGGAUUUUCCUUUUGAUCAUGGUUCGAGGUUUUUCUUUUAUUUUUUUUGUUUUGUAACAUGCAAUGAUGGUUUGCCAACAAAUGAAGGAGCACUGUAAAUUAGUAUACACUCUUUGGGCAAAAAUUGAUACAUUUUAUCAACUGGGCACAUUGUGUUGUACAUAUCUAAUCGGCUUUUUCUUUUCUUUUUUUUUUUUAAUUGCAUUGUACAGUUUAUUUUGAUUUGCAUGGAUUCCUUAGUUAUCCUCAACUUUUUGUUUUAAAUAUAUUUGUAUUUCAUUUGUAAGGAUUUGCCUCUUAAUACUGCAACAAUUUUUUGACAUUUUAAAAACUCAUUGGAAGUUUUUUGCGUUCUUUGUAAACACUUGAAAGGAAGCUUUUAUGCAGGGUUCUGUGUUUUAAGAGAGAUUUUGAGAAUAUUUUGUAUAUUGCAGUCUCACUUUGAAAAUGUUUUUAAACACGCUUAAGGUAGAGUACAAAUUUAGAUUAGGUAAUAAACAAAACAGCUCUGUAGAAAAACUGAACUUACAUAUUUAUUUUUAGUGAUACAGGAAAAAGUAGUAAUAUGCUUGGAAACAUAACUAUGUAGUUAAUAUACCCGUUAUAGUAAUUUGUGUUUCAUUUCAGCACUGGGGCUGACAUUAAAAAAGAAAAAAAAAAAAAAGAGAAAAUUACUGUAUCUGCAAAUAACUGUUACUUGAUAACAAUGUUAUUAAUUUUUAACAUGCAACAAUGUUGUAAAAGUAGUUUGGUGCAUUAUCUACUCAAGUGUAGUCCUAUGCAAUAACAGUAGUUGUAUUAUAUCAAGCCUAGGUGUUUUACAGAGGUGGCGUACGGUGUUUCGAGCUGGACGGGUUGAAUGGAUUUCUCAGUAGCGGCCUACAGUUGACUCGCAAGUGGCAGGCGGGCGUAUCUCAUUCAGAAUGAAGUGCCUUAAACUCUAGUUGUGGUCUUUCUGGACUAGCACUGACUGAAGUGUGGAAAAGGAGAAAGCUUUAGGGUGAUCUUUUCUAGGAAAUUAAAGUGUAGCAUGGUGCCUACGUAGAGAAAACAAGAGCUUCCCGUUCUCCUGUGUGCUACACUGGAAAUUAUGUGUUAUUAAAAAAAAAAAAAAAAAAAAAAAAAAAAAAAAAACAAAAACAAAACCACACCGGUAGCGACUUGAGUGCCAGUUUGGCAGGCUUUAUAAGGAAACCUGGGUCACAACAGUCACGGUGUUCGGAAACGAAACGUGAAUCCGGUAGGGCUGGGGCAGCUGAGGACGGCGGGAGGAGGGUCGCGCUCUCCCGCGAGCGCUUCCCGCGGGCGGACCUGCGGCAGCGGGCGGCCCGUCCCGCUCGGGGCUGUCGCGCCCGCUGGAGCCGCGGGUUGCGUGUUAGCACUGAUGCAACCGCCAGGUUAUUCCCAGGGAUUUUACUUGCUUUUUUUUUUUUUUUUGGGGGGGGGGGGGAAGAGCAGGAGUUUGUGUGUAAUGAUGCCGCUAGCCACGCUCACCCUGGGCAGCGUUUGGGAGCGUGUCCUCGCCCGGCGAGACGGAGCGGUGCCCGGGGUGGGAUGGGCGAGCCCUCGGGGCGCCCCGUGGCCCUGCCUCGUGCAGGCCAGGCGUCUUCUCCUCCGCUCUUCUGCCAAGCAGCCGCGGCGGCUCGUACGGAGCCCGGCGUGCGGCUGCGGGCUGCUGCAGGGCGUUAAUGCUGACGGGCAAAGACAACUGGGGCUGUAAAACGCUUGUAGCUGUAACACGGGGCGGCGUCACCCUUCCUGUUGGCGAGGGACAGCGCUGCAGCGUGGUACGGCGGGAUCCGGCUGUGCACACUUGCAUUGAAAACCCCCGAGUAAGGUUUUUGGUUUGCUGCCUGUGCUGUCUGCCCAGAAGUUGGAGUCUGGACUGGGGCAUGUGAAUAUUUCUUACGUGAAACCACUGAUACUCGCUGGCAGCCGCGACUUCUGAUUCUGGCUACACGCUGUGCGGGGAUGACUUAGGAUUCAAGAAAAAAGUUGUAUCAAGAGCUGAACUGCUCGGUGAAAGCUGCCGUGGCCCACGGCAGCCAUACGUUGUGCGUCCCCCAACAGCGCUCAGCGGGUUGUGCUGCUCCGAGGUGAGGCGCGACUCGGCUGCGGCCCGUUCGCCGUCUCAUCCCGCGCUUCCGCCGGCCGCAGCCCUUCUCCGAGUUUGCUCCUCUUUUGCAAGGAGACGUUCAGGCCUGGGAGUCGGGACAUCCGUGGAGGUACAAAGCCGUGCUGAUUCCAGGUGUCCUCGUUCUCUUGCGUAGCGUGGUGCGGCACGGGGGGAUGAUUGCCGUGGACGGGCAGCGAUUGAGGCAGGGUCUGGCACGCACGAGGUGGCGUGAGAUGGACGGAAGCGUUGCCCGGUCCGGCUGUCUGGUGACGGUGUCUUUUGUGUGACACGGGGCCGGCUGUGGCUUUCCUGACCGGGUAGGUAGAAUACCUAAUAACUCUCACUUUUGCCAAAACCACAUGACAGAUGUGACUGUGCAGAGUACCAUGAAGUUCUUCCUUACUGCUUUUGGCCUAUAAAGCAAUAUUAAACUUUGCAACAUGUAGAAGCAAAAAGAAGGUACACAAGGAAAGCACAAAGCACAAAAUAAUGCACUUACCUUUAUGUUGUUUGACAUAAAAUGCACUGGGGGGAAGCUGAUGUUGAUAAUAGUAUAAAUACCUAUAUUUCUUGAAAAGGUGACAUUAAUUACUGCCUCUUGCUAUGAUGCUUGGUACUGUAAUGUUGAUAUUCAUCUGCUGUUGACUGCAGCAAUAAUUUGUGUAUGGUCCAUAGCACUGUAAAUUAUGGAUCGAUAUUAAUGUAUCCAAUGAAAUAAUUUGAACUGUUGUUCUUGAUAGAUGGAUUAAAGCAUUUGGUUUUUCACAUA